CAACAUGGCGGCUCCCCAAGACGUCCACGUACGGAUCUGUAAUCAAGAGAUUGUCAAAUUCGACCUGGAGGUGAAGGCGCUUAUCCAGGAUAUCCGCGAUUGCUCAGGACCACUCGGUGCACUCACGGAACUGAACACUAAAGUCAAAGAGAAGUUUCAGCAGUUACGGCACAGAAUCCAGGAGCUUGAGCAGUCAGCUAAAGAGCAAGACAAGGAGUCGGAAAAGCAAGCUCUGCUGCAGGAAGUGGAGAAUCACAAGAAGCAGAUGCUCAGCAACCAGACCUCCUGGAGGAAAGCAAACCUCACCUGCAAGAUAGCCAUCGACAACCUGGAGAAGACCGAGCUUCUGCAGGGGGGAGAGCUCGUCCGGCAGAGGCGAACCCCCAAGGAGAACCUGGCCCAGACGUCCAGCAGCAUCACCGAGAGCCUCAUGGGUAUCAGCAGGAUGAUGUCCCAGCAGGUGCAGCAGAGCGAGGAGGCCAUGCAGACUCUAGUUACUUCUUCACGAACUAUCCUGGAUGCAAAUGAGGAGUUCAAGUCCAUGUCAGGGACCAUCCAGCUGGGGCGGAAGCUCAUCACCAAGUACAAUCGCCGCGAGCUGACGGACAAGCUCCUCAUCUUCCUGGCCCUGGCGCUCUUCCUUGCGACCGUCCUCUACAUUGUGAAGAAGCGGCUCUUCCCGUUCUUGUGAGACCUGCGAGCCCCAGCUCCGGCCCUCGGAGCUCUGUGCUGGGACCCGCCCACACCUCUCGCCCUGGCCCGACCCGGCGCACGGAGCAGCAGUCGGCUGCCCUGGCUGAGAAGUGGACAGAAGCUUGGCUCCUGGCUUCUUGCAAGAGGCGAUGUGCAGGGCGAGCCAAGCCCAGUGGAGGGAGGAGACCUAUCAUCAGGACGCCCAGAGCCGGGUGCACACAGCACGUGCAGGCCAGCCUUGGGGACAUGAGGACCUCCUGUCCUUCCCCUCCCAGGCACCCUCUAAGCCCAGGCUGGGGAGGCUAGGAAGGAGGAGUGGGAAGGACGAGGAACCCGCACAUCAUUCCUGAAUAAAGCGGAUGCGUUUCAUAUCUCA